UUCCAAGAGAGAAGGGCAAAUGAAAAUAAAAAUCAAAAUCCCAACUAACGAUUCGAACACGCACGCGCAAUAGCUUCUCGUUCAUUUCUUCCUUGUCUCGGACUCACAUCUCUUUUGCCUUUGUUUCGAGAAAAAGAAAAAUGUCAAAUUCGCAUAGCGACACGAUACCUCUUCACGCGUCGUCCCAAUCGGACAUCGACGAGAUCGAGAAUCUAAUCAACGCCAGCGUCCAAUCCGGCCCCGCCACAGUCCUUCCGGCCCGUCCUCCAAGCCCACCACGGGCCUCCAUACCCGUAUCCUCUUCCCCCUUCAUCCAAUCCAACAUCCCUCCUCCGCCUCCAGUCUCAUCCUCAUCUUCCUCCAAUCAGAAAGUGCCGUCUGUCCCUGCCGCCCCUCCCCCUCCUCCACCUGUUGGUAACUCUAGCAGCAUCGUAGCGACCGGGUUCGGGCCUCCGCCCAACACGCUAACGGAGCCUGUUUGGGACACGGUGAAAAGAGAUCUGUCGAGGAUCGUGAGUAACUUGAAGCUCGUGGUAUUUCCGAAUCCGUACAGGGAAGAUCCAGGGAAGGCGUUGAGAGAUUGGGAUCUCUGGGGUCCUUUCUUCUUCAUUGUCUUCUUGGGGCUCACGCUUUCUUGGUCCGCCUCCGUUAAGAAGUCCGAGGUAUUUGCUGUUGCAUUUGCACUGCUUGCAGCUGGUGCUGUAAUCUUGACGUUGAAUGUACUACUACUGGGUGGGCACAUCAUUUUUUUCCAGAGUCUGAGUCUUCUAGGGUAUUGUUUAUUCCCUCUGGAUAUUGGAGCCCUAAUCUGUAUGUUGAAGGACAAUGUCAUAGUCAAAGUGAUUGUGGUCUGUGUGACAUUGGCUUGGAGCUCAUGGGCUGCCUACCCUUUCAUGAGUUCAGCUGUCAAUCCCAGGAGAAAAGCACUUGCACUCUACCCUGUUUUUCUUAUGUAUGUAUCAGUUGGUUUUCUUAUCAUUGCCAUUGAUUGAAAGUCGCUUCCCCUUCAGGGGUUCUGCACGAGUUAUGGAAACUUAAAAUGGAGUUACAUAGGAAUGUCAUGUGGUGCUUAAUUUUCAUCUCAUGUUACUGUAUUUUUUUGACCCGACACAAUAUCUUUGAAAGCUCAUUUGCCAAAUAUGAUAUAAUAGCUGUAUCAAAUAUUUUUGUGAUCUA